GUGGAAGGACAUGAUGCCAGAUCUGAGCGAGUACAAGUGGAUUGUGCCUGACUUCAUAUGGGAACUUGAUGAGUACAUUGAUUUUGACAAACUUAGCAAAGCUCUUCCUGAGUCUGAAGAUCUUAUGAAGCUGCUGCCUGACUUUGACAAGAUUGGAGAGAGCCUCGGUUCCCUGAAGGAGUUCUUCAAACCCGGUUACAAUUUGGUUAGUGAAGUCAUAGGAGCUUCUGAUCUACCUCUGUUGUUAGAUUCUUCGGGGGAGACGGCGUUCAGAGCUACAGACCAGGGCAGCGAGAAUGAGAAGCAGAACAAGAAGGGCCUCCUUGGCGAACUCGUUUUCUUGCAGCAGCAACUCCAGCAGCAUGAAGAGGAAGUGCGCAGCGCCACUCCAGGGCCAGGCUCCUCCCAGCAGAAGCGAAAGGUUUCUGACAAAGAAAAGGUUGAUCAGCUCCAAGAAGAACUUCUGCGGACUCAGCUGAAAUACCAACGGAUGCUUGAGCGUUUGGAGAAGGAGAAUAAAGAACUAAGGAAGAUUGUACUCCAGAAAGAUGACAAAGGCAUUCAUCAAAGGAAGCUGAAGAAAUCUCUGAUUGACAUGUAUUCAGAAGUCCUGGACAUCCUGUCGGAUUACGACGCCAGCUACAACACCCAGGAUCACCUCCCCCGGGUUGUGGUGGUUGGAGAUCAAAGUGCUGGGAAAACCAGUGUUCUUGAGAUGAUCGCCCAAGCCCGGAUCUUCCCACGUGGCUCUGGAGAAAUGAUGACUCGCUCGCCAGUCAUGGUCACCCUCAGCGAAGGGCCUCAUCACGUGGCCAUAUUCAAGGACAGCUCUCGAGAGUUUGAUCUGACCAAGGAGGAAGAUCUGGCGGCCCUGAGGAAUGAGAUUGAGGUCCGGAUGAGGAAGAGCGUAAAAGAAGGCUACACAGUCAGCGCCCAGACCAUCUCCCUCAACGUGAAAGGCCCUGGCCUGCAAAGGAUGGUGCUGGUGGAUUUGCCAGGGGUCAUCAGCACGGUGACGUCAGGGAUGGCCCCUGACACCAAGGAGACCAUCUUCAGCAUCAGCAAGGCCUACAUGCAGAACCCCAACGCCAUCAUCCUUUGCAUUCAAGAUGGGUCUGUGGAUGCAGAACGCAGUAUUGUCACUGACUUGGUCAGCCAAAUGGACCCACAGGGGAAAAGGACGAUCUUUGUCUUGACAAAGGUGGACCUGGCAGAGAAAAAUGUGGCCAGUCCAAACAGGAUCCAGCAAAUCAUCGAAGGCAAGCUCUUCCCCAUGAAGGCUCUGGGGUAUUUUGCCGUUGUGACCGGAAAAGGAAACAGCAGUGAGAGCAUUGAAUCUAUUAGAGAGUACGAAGAGGAAUUUUUCCAGAACUCUAAGCUGCUGAAGAAGUGCAUGCUGAAGGCCCACCAGGUGACGACGCGCAACUUGAGCCUGGCUGUGUCCGACUGCUUUUGGAAAAUGGUGCGCGAGUCCGUGGAGCAGCAAGCGGAUGCGUUUAAAGCAACACGUUUUAAUUUGGAGACGGAAUGGAAGAACAAUUACCCCCGCUUGCGAGAGCUCGACCGGAAUGAGCUGUUUGAAAAAGCGAAGAAUGAAAUUCUUGACGAAGUCAUAAGCUUGAGCCAGGUGACGCCAAAGCACUGGGAAGAGAUGCUUCAGAAGACCUUGUGGGAGAGGGUCUCGACACACGUGAUAGAGAACAUCUACCUUCCGGCAGCACAGACCACGAAUUCGGGGACUUUUAACACUACGGUGGAUAUCAAGCUGAAGCAGUGGACGGACAAGCAGCUGCCCAACAAAGCCGUGGAGGUGGCCUGGGAGACCCUGCAGGAGGAGUUCUCUCGUUUCAUGACAGAGCAGAAGGGCAAAGAACAUGAUGACAUUUUUGACAAACUGAAGCAGGCGGUUAAAGAGGAGAGCAUCAAGCGGCACAAGUGGAACGAGAGAGCAGAAGACAGCCUGAGGGUGAUCCAGCACAACGCCUUGGAAGACCGCUCCAUUUCAGACAAGCAGCAGUGGGAUGCGGCCAUUCAGUUCAUGGAGGAAACGCUUCAGAGUCGCCUGAAAGACACUGAAUCCGUCAUUGAAGACAUGGUGGGCCCCGACUGGAAGAAAAGGUGGCUCUACUGGAUAAGCCGCUCUAAAGAACAGGGCAUUCGUAAUGAAACAAAAAACGAACUCGAGAAGAUGAUCAGGUGCAACGAAGAACAUCCAGCGUAUCUUGCAAAUGAUGAGGUCACGACCGUCCGGAAGAAUCUUGAGGCCCGAGGGGUGGCAGUAGACCCAUGCUUGAUCAAGGACACCUGGCACCAGGUGUACAGGCGGCAUUUCCUGAGAGGGGCCCUGGGCCACUGCAACCUGUGCCGCAGGGGCUUCUACUACUACCAGAGGCACUUUGUGGACUCGGAGCUCGAAUGCAACGACGUGGUCCUCUUCUGGCGCAUCCAGCGGAUGCUGGCCAUCACAUCCAACACCCUGCGGCAGCAGCUGGCCAACACGGAAGUGAGGCGCCUAGAGAAGAACGUAAAGGAGGUGCUGGAGGAUUUUGCGGACGAUUAUGAAAAGAAGAUGAAGCUCAUAACUGGGAAAAGAGUCCAGCUGGCCGAGGACCUCAAAAAAGUUCGGGAGAUCCAAGAGAAACUUGAAGCCUUCAUUGAAGCCCUCCACCAAGAAGAGAAGUAGGCGGUUCAAAGAGGAGACCGUCUGCAGGAAGACCAAGCCCUCGCCUGGAGCGCCCU